GGGCGCCGCGCACUGGCGUCGGGAGCCGCCUCUCCCCCGCGGCGCUCGCCCCUGCUCCCGGCCGGCAUCCCUUGUCCCGCGGCCGCGCUCAGACAACAAAAGCGGAAGAUGCUGCAGUUGGGCAAGGUCAGGACCUUGCCCUGAAGCCGGGCGGCGGCGCGCACGCCUUUCCCCGGACUGAGAAGCUGUCGCUGGUGGCGGGUGCAUGUUCGCGAGGAGGCAAUCGGGCGCCGCGCCGUUCGGAGCUAUGCCUGUCCCAGACCAGCCUUCAUCAGCCUCGGAGAAGACCAGCUCCUUGAGCCCUGGCCUCACCACCUCCAAUGGGGAUGGCUCGGAGACAGAAACCACGUCUGCCAUCCUCGCCUCGGUCAAAGAACAGGAAUUACAGUUUGAAAGGCUGACCCGAGAGCUAGAGGCAGAACGCCAGAUCGUCGCCAGCCAACUGGAGCAAUGCAAGCUUGGAUCCGAGACGGGCAGCAUGAGCAGUGUCAGUUCAGCAGAAGAGCAGUUUCACUGGCAGUCACAAGAUGGUCAAAAAGAUAUCGAAGAUGAGCUCACAACAGGUCUUGAAUUGGUGGACUCCUGUAUUAGAUCACUGCAGGAAUCAGGAAUACUUGACCCACAAGACUAUUCAACAAGUGAAAGGCCCAGCCUGCUCUCCCAGAGUGCACUCCAGCUCAAUUCCAAACCUGAAGGGUCCUUCCAGUAUCCAGCCAGCUACCAUAGCAACCAGACCUUGGCCCUGGGUGAGACAGCCCCGUCGCAGCUCCCUGCCCGCAGCGCACAAGCCCGAGGUGCAGGCCAGAGUUUCAGCCAGGGCACCACGAGCCGCGCGGGGCACCUGGCGGGGCCCGAGCCCGCGCCGCCGCCGCCGCCGCCGCCGCCGCCGCUGCGGGAGCCGUUCGCGCCCAGCCUGGGCAGCGCCUUCCACCUGCCCGACGCGCCGCCCGCCGCCGCCGCCGCCGCCGCGCUCUACUACUCGAGCUCCACGCUGCCCGCGCCCCCGCGCGGGGGCUCCCCGCUGGCCGCGCCCCAGGGCGGCUCGCCCACCAAGCUGCAGCGCGGAGGCUCGGCCCCCGAGGGCGCCUCCUACGCCGCGCCGCGCGGCUCCUCGCCCAAGCAGUCGCCCAGCCGCCUGGCCAAGUCCUACAGCACCAGCUCGCCCAUCAACAUCGUCGUGUCCUCGGCCGGCCUGUCCCCGAUCCGCGUGACCUCGCCCCCCACCGUGCAGUCCACCCUCUCCUCCUCGCCCAUCCACCAGCUGAGCUCCACCAUCGGCACGUACGCCACCCUGUCGCCCACCAAGCGUCUGGUCCACGCGUCCGAGCCGUACGGCAAGCCCUCGCAGGAGCUGUAUGCCACGGCCACGCUCCAGAGGCCGGGCAGCCUGGCAGCUGGGUCCCGGGCCUCAUACAGCAGCCAGCACGGCCACCUGGGCCCGGAGCUGCGGGCCCUGCAGUCCCCAGAGCACCACAUAGACCCCAUCUAUGAAGACCGCGUCUAUCAGAAGCCCCCCAUGAGGAGUCUCAGCCAGAGCCAGGGGGACCCUCUGCCGCCAGCACACACGGGCACGUACCGCACGAGCACAGCCCCGUCUUCCCCCGGUGUCGACUCCGUCCCCUUGCAGCGCACAGGCAGCCAGCAUGGCCCGCAGAGCGCUGCCGUGGCCACCUUCCAGAGGGCCAGCUACGCCGCCGGCCCAGCCUCCAGCUACGCGGACCCCUACCGGCAGCUGCAGUAUUGUCCUUCCGUCGAGUCUCCGUACAGCAAAUCCGGCCCUGCCCUCCCUCCCGAAGGCACCUUGGCCAGAUCCCCGUCCAUCGAUAGCAUUCAGAAAGAUCCCAGAGAAUUUGGAUGGAGAGACCCGGAACUGCCUGAAGUGAUUCAGAUGUUGCAACAUCAGUUUCCUUCGGUCCAGUCUAAUGCUGCAGCCUAUUUACAGCACCUCUGCUUUGGAGACAAUAAAAUUAAAGCCGAGAUAAGGAGACAAGGAGGUAUUCAGCUCCUGGUGGACCUGCUGGACCACCGGAUGACGGAAGUCCACCGUAGUGCCUGUGGGGCGUUGAGAAACUUGGUGUAUGGGAAAGCCAACGAUGACAACAAAAUCGCCCUGAAGAACUGUGGCGGCAUCCCGGCACUGGUCAGGUUGCUCCGCAAGACCACCGACUUGGAGAUCCGGGAGCUGGUCACAGGAGUCCUUUGGAACCUUUCGUCUUGCGAUGCACUCAAAAUGCCGAUCAUACAGGACACCCUGGCCGUGUUGACCAAUGCCGUGAUCAUCCCCCACUCGGGCUGGGAAAAUUCACCUCUUCAGGACGAUCGGAAAAUACAGCUGCAUUCCUCACAGGUGCUGCGAAAUGCCACUGGAUGCCUAAGGAAUGUUAGUUCAGCCGGAGAGGAGGCCCGCAGGAGGAUGCGGGAAUGUGAUGGGCUCACGGAUGCGCUGCUCUACGUGAUUCAGUCUGCGCUGGGGAGCAGCGAGAUCGAUAGCAAGACCGUUGAAAACUGUGUGUGCAUUUUAAGGAACCUUUCGUACCGGCUGGCAGCAGAAACGUCUCAGGGACAGCACCUGGGCACAGAUGAGCUGGACGGGUUGCUCUGCGGUGAGGCCAAUGGCAAAGAUGCAGAGAGCUCCGGGUGCUGGGGCAAGAAGAAGAAGAAAAAGAAAUCUCAAGAUCAGUGGGAUGGAGUAGGACCUCUUCCAGACUGUGCAGAACCACCAAAAGGGAUCCAGAUGCUGUGGCACCCAUCCAUAGUCAAACCCUACCUCACACUGCUCUCUGAGUGCUCAAAUGCAGACACGCUGGAAGGGGCGGCAGGCGCCCUGCAGAACUUGGCUGCAGGGAGCUGGAAGGGCUGGGCUGAGGAUGUGGCAGGCAUGGCAUAUGCCCUACGUUCACUGCCAGAGGGGGCUCCCUGCCUGCCACAGUGGUCGGUGUAUAUCCGAGCUGCUGUCCGGAAAGAGAAAGGCCUGCCCAUCCUUGUGGAGCUGCUGCGGAUAGACAAUGACCGAGUGGUGUGUGCAGUGGCCACGGCACUCCGGAACAUGGCCUUGGACGUCAGGAAUAAGGAGCUCAUUGGCAAAUACGCCAUGCGAGACCUGGUCCAUCGGCUUCCAGGCGGGAAUAACAGCAGCAACGUGGCGAGCAAGGCCAUGUCGGAUGACACGGUGACAGCCGUGUGCUGCACCCUGCACGAGGUGAUCACCAAGAACAUGGAGAAUGCCAAGGCCUUACGGGACGCCGGCGGCAUCGAGAAGUUGGUCGGCAUCUCCAAAAGCAAAGGAGACAAACACUCUCCGAAGGUAAUCAAGGCCGCAUCUCAGGUUCUGAACAGCAUGUGGCAGUACCGAGAUCUGAGGAGUCUCUACAAAAAGGAUGGAUGGUCACAAUAUCACUUUGUAGCCUCAUCUUCAACCAUCGAGAGGGAUCGGCAAAGACCCUACUCCUCCUCCCGCACACCCUCCAUCUCCCCUGUGCGCGUGUCUCCCAACAACCGCUCAGCAAGUGCCCCAGCUUCACCUCGAGAAAUGAUCAGCCUCAAAGAAAGGAAAACAGACUAUGAGUCCACUGGCAGCAACGCCACUUACCACGGAACUAAAGGAGAACACACUUCCAGGAAAGACACCAUGACAGCUCAAAAUACUGGAAUUUCAACUUUGUAUAGGAAUUCAUAUGGUGCGCCCGCUGAAGACAUCAAACAUAACCAGGUUUCAGCACAGCCAGUCCCACAGGAGCCCAGCAGAAAAGACUACGAGACCUACCAGCCGUUUCCGAAUUCCACGAGAAACUACGACGAGUCCUUCUUCGAGGACCAGGUCCACCACCGCCCUCCGGCCAGCGAGUACAUGCACCUGGGACUCAAGUCCACGGGCAACUACGUCGACUUCUACUCCGCUGCCCGUCCCUACAGUGAACUGAACUAUGAAACGAGCCACUACCCCGCGUCCCCCGACUCCUGGGUGUGAGGCAGCCAGCACCGGGAACAGUGCAUGUGCAUGCAGACCACAGACGUUGCUAUUUUUCUUUUCCCCUGCAAAUUUAGUUUGUUAAAGCCUGUUCCAUAGGAAGGCUGGGAUAACCAGUAAGGAAACAUUAAGAGCUAUCUUAGAAAGCUAAAUGAAUCGAACGUUAACUUGAAAGUCAAUAGGAAGUGAUCCUCAGUCUGACCUCGUACAGCACCUUUCUAGUGCGGGCUGGAGAGUCUAAAAAGUGCUUUCCACUGAAUGUGGCUGAAGGCAGCACAGAAGGCGGUCGGGGUGACGGUUGUAAGCACAGAGGCGCGUGGUUCACACGCUUCAGAGGGACGGCUUCUCACGCUUUGUUUACUCUCUUCAUCUGUUGUGAUUCUAGGCUUCGAGUUGCACUGGGGUUCCUCUGUACAGCAAGAUGUUUCUUGCCCUUUGUUAAUGCAUUGUUGUAAAGUAUUUGAUGUACAUUACAGAU